AUGUGCUGCGGGUGUUGCCCACCUAUGGCGCGAGGUUUUGGCUCUUCUCCCUGUGCAACGAUGCGUUGCUUGGCUUGGUGCCCCAGAGCGACACUAGGCGCUUCCUCUCUGGCGGGGUGGCUGGGGUGGGAGCUUUGGUGCUCACACACCCACUUGACACCAUGCGGACGCGCCUGGCAGCCGCACGUGUCUUCGCUGAUGAGAAGUCCUACAAGGGCUUGUCAGACUCCCGGAUGGAUCAGGAAUUGCAGGGACUGCUUGCGCCGCACGUGGAGAAGUGGCGGGAUCUCAGGGCUCUAUGCUGGGUAUGUCGCCAGCAUGCUGGAGAUUGCCCCCUACACCGCAAUCGCCUUCACCUCCUACGAAGGUGUGAAGCAGCGCCUCCAGGGCCACUUGCCGCCCUGGGCGGCCAAGAUUUGCGCAGGCGUGUGCAGCGGCUGUGCGGCCACCGGGGUGUGCUACCCCCUGGACACGGUCCGGCGCCAGCUGAUGCUGGACGGAGCCCUCGGCUUCGACUGCAGAUAUCACGGCAGCAUCGUGCGCUGCUGCAGGAGCCUAUGCUCGCAAGGCGGCCUGGUGCAGUUCUACAAGGGCUGGAGCGUCACGAUGCUGAAGUCCGUGCCCACGGUGACCAUCACCUUCUUCACCAAGGACUUCCUGCUGACAAAGCUGCGGCAGUGA